AUGUUGAUUCUAUCGAGCAGGUGUUUCCCGUGGCGCUCGGGAGCAACGCCGUUAUUAUUGUCAAUCAGCGCUAAAAUACACCGUCGUUCUGCACCUCUUAUCGUCAUAAGAAACCAACUUCGAUAUAAGUCCUAUCCAAAGAAAUCAAAACAGAAAGGUACCAAUAAACAGAAAGCCAUGGAGAGUAAUUUGCACGAAGAAGACGGCGUCCGAAUUGCUUUUGAAGGCUGCGGUCAUGGCACACUCGACGCUAUCUAUUCCUGUGUAAAUUCUUCUUCUAAACAUAGAGGAUGGGAUGGCGUAGAUCUUCUCAUAAUUGGAGGUGAUUUCCAGGCUACUCGCAAUGCAGCAGAUCUCUCGGUCAUGGCGGUGCCGCCCAAGUAUCGCCAACUCGGGGACUUCCCAGCAUACUACAGCGGUGCCAAAAAAGCACCAUACUUGACCAUAUUCAUCGCUGGAAACCAUGAGGCCAGCUCGUACCUGUGGGAAUUGUACUAUGGUGGUUGGGUCGCGCCAAAUAUCUAUUAUAUGGGGGCUGCUAACGUGCUGCGCUUUGGCCCGCUACGCAUUGCCGCAAUGAGCGGUAUUUGGAAGGGCUACGAUUACCGCAAGCCGCAUCACGAACGCCUACCCUUCAACCAGGACGAUAUUAAGAGCUUUUAUCACGUACGUGAGUUCGACGUACGCAAGCUCUUACUGCUUCGGGAGCAAGUCGAUAUUGGAUUAAGCCAUGAUUGGCCAAGGGAAAUAGAGAAGCAUGGCGAUUCCUCUGCAUUAUGGAAGAUGAAACCUGAUUUCAAGCAGGAAAGCAUUGACGGCACUCUAGGGAAUCCGGCAGCUACAUAUGUGAUGGAUAGACUGAGGCCGGCGUACUGGUUCUCUGCACACCUGCACUGCAAAUUUGCUGCUGUGAAAACAUAUGAACCUCCAAACGACGCAGAGACAUCUUCUAACGAACUGGCGGCGAAGCAGGAAGAAGCUGCACCGACCGCCUCGGAAGAGGCUGCCGCAAACCCCGAUGAGAUUGACUUGGAUAUGGAGGAUGACGAAGACGGCCACUCUCCAAUACCAACAGAAUCUGCCGAUGUGGUUGACUCUACACAACCCACAAACACAACCGCAGUAGGCGGAGUAUCUGAUGAACUUCGCGCACAGCUCCCAGCAUCAUUUGCCGGACCGGCACCGUCCCAACCCAAGGUCAUCCCGGGGCAACCUGUCCCACCCACGAUAACAAAUACCACUACUCGCUUCCUUGCAUUAGACAAAUGUCUCCCGAAACGCAAGUUCGUUCAACUUUGUUCCGCAAUACCCGUUGACCCCUCAAACCUAACUACAUUUCCACCAUCGACCAAUCCAAAACAACGCUACCAUCUACAAUACGAUCCGGAGUGGCUUGCCAUAACGCGUGUCUUUGCACCAUAUCUAACCAUAGGCGAUCCCGCGGCUCAAACGCCCCCUGACGAGGGUGAAGCGGCAUAUCAGCCAAUGAUAGAUCGCGAGCGCGCCUGGGUAGAAGAAAACAUAGUCCGCACCGGUAAGCUAGACGUACCUGAUAAUUUUACUCUCACCGCUCCGCCACACCGACCAGCACUCGACCCUAAGACGGUCAAAUACCAGCCGGAUGAAUACACGAACCCUCAGACUGCGGCUUUUUGCGAGUUGGUCGGAGUGCCGAAUCUCUGGGACGCGAGCCCUGAGGAAAGGGCGGAGCGAAAGGAGAAAGGGCCGUCGCCUGUAGCACCAAGGGUUAAUCAGGGCGGUGGGGGGUCUAAAGGGGGAAGAGGUGGUGGCCAUAAAGGUGGUUUCAAUAGAGGAGGACGGGGUGGGGGUCGAGGUGGUGGCCGAGGGGGAUCGCGGGGUGGGUGGAUGAAAUGA